GGACAAUGUUUUCUAUCCGUUACUCUACACGAACACAGUCAAGUAAUCGGAUUCAAAUCACUAAUCAGAUAUAGAUUCACUUCAUCCAUACUUGAUCCAAUCAGUUGCCAUCCCUCCUACUGUUUGACCGGGGCUUGCUUGGAGGCUGGAGCGGACCAGCAGAGGAGUUCUUUCUCUCCUCUAAUCUCCCUCCUCCCAACGCCACCGUCUCGUUGCUCCCCCCCCCCCUCCUCCUCCUCUCUCUCUCCAAGAAGCAGAAUCAACCAACAAGGAGAAAAGCAGAAUCAGGCGAAGCAGGAGGAAUCCUUUCCGCCCCCCCCCCCCCCCUCUCUCUGUCUUCAAUGCUCUCCCCCUCCUUUCCGCCGCCACCCAGAUGGACACGGCCCUCGUCCUCCUCCUCGCCGCCGCGGCGCUCGUCGCCGGCGCGGCCGCGGCCACGCACCCGGCCGACCAGGCUGUGCUCGACGACAUCCGCAAGUCGCUCACCAAUGCCGACCUGCUAGGCUGGCCCAAGGCCGCCGCCGGCGACGCCUGCGCGUGGCCGCACGUCUCCUGCGACCAGUCCGGCCGCGUCGACAACCUCGACCUCAAGGGCAAGGGGCUCGCCGGCCGCCUGCCCACCACCAUCUCCUCCCUCGUCGCGCUCAAGGGCCUCAGCCUCCAGGACAACAGCCUCUCCGGCCCGCUCCCCUCCUUCCGCGGCAUGGCCAGCCUCGAGCACGUCUUCCUCAACGAAAACGCCUUCGACUCCAUCCCCGCCGACUUCUUCGUCGGCCUCACCGGCCUCCUCGAGAUCUCCCUCUCCAACAACCCGCUCAACGCCUCGUCCGGGGGCUGGACGCUCUCCGAGUUUUCCGACGACAUCGCCUCUUCGCAGCAGCUGCAGACCCUCGAGCUCGACAACUGCAGCCUCGCCGGCGCCAUACCGGACUUCCUCGGAAACAUGGGCAACCUCCAGACACUCUCGCUCACCUACAACAACCUCUCCGGCCCCAUCCCCGCCACCUUCAACGGGUCCGACAUCCAGAGCCUGCGGCUCAACAACCAGCUUGGGGGCAGGAAGCUCUCCGGCCCCCUCGAUGUCAUCGCCACCAUGACCAACCUCCAGCAGCUGUGGCUGCACGGCAACCAGUUCUCCGGCCCCAUCCCCGACGGCAUUGGCGCCUGCAAGGACCUCACCAGCCUCAGGCUCAACAGCAACCUUCUCGUCGGCCUCGUGCCGCCGAGCCUCGGGACCAUUCCCCAGCUCCACGAGGUGCAGCUCGACAACAACAAUCUCUUGGGCCCCGUCCCGCCGCUCAAGGCGGCCAAAAACUUCACCUUCUCCGCGAACGAGUUCUGUGCGGCCAAUCCCGGGGACACGUGCUCGCCGGAGGUGAUGGCAUUGCUCCAAUUCCUCGCCCAGGUGCAGUACCCCACGAGGCUAGUCAAUUCUUGGUCUGGGAACGACCCCUGCGCGGGAUGGCUGGGCGUUACCUGCCUCCAAGGGAACGUCACGGUGCUCAACUUGCCGGGGAGUGGCCUCAACGGCACAAUCAGCAAGAGUCUCGGUAAUCUGAGUGCGCUCUCGGACGUCAAGCUCAGCGGGAACCACCUUACUGGCCGAGUGCCGGAUAGCCUGACGAAGCUCGGGUCGCUCCGGGAACUGGACUUGUCCAUGAAUGACUUGUCGGGGCCAUUGCCCACCUUCAGCCUGAGAGUGAAGGUAAAUGUGACUGGCAAUCUCAACUUCAAUAGCACAGCACCAGGCACCACGCCACCAAAUGAUGCACCUAGGCCACCAACGCCUAGCACGCUAGGUUCACCAUACCAUCCAGUCAGUCCAGGGAGAGGGAAGAAGAAGAACUCAGUUGUUUUGUUGGCCACCACCGUUCCGGUCGCAUUGAGCGCGGUGGCUCUGCUAUCGGUUGGUGCCGUGUUCUUCUGCAAGAAAAGUGCAUCAGUGCCGCACCAGUCAGCCUUUGUUCUUGCCCAUCCCCGUGAUAAUUCUGAUCCAGAUAACUUGGCCAAGAUUGUUGUGGCGACCAAUGACAGCAACAGUGGUGCAUCUCAAGGCAACACGCAUAGCGGGAGCAGCAGUAUGGCUGGUGAUGUUCACAUGAUUGAGGCAGGAGAUUUCGUGAUUGCUGUCCAGGUCCUCCGUGGUGCGACCAAGAACUUUGCCCGGGAGAAUGUGCUUGGCCGUGGGGGCUUUGGUGUUGUUUACAAAGGGGAGUUGCAUGACGGCAUGAUGAUUGCUGUGAAGAGGAUGGAGGCUGCGGUGGUCAGCAACAAGGCUUUGGACGAGUUCCAAGCUGAGAUUGCCGUGCUAACCAAGGUCCGGCAUCGUAAUUUGGUGUCAAUACUGGGAUACUCGACUGAAGGGAAUGAGAGGCUGCUGGUCUAUGAGUACAUGCCUAAUGGGGCUUUGAGCAAGCAUCUGUUCCAGUGGAAACAGUCUGAGCUGGAGCCUCUCUCAUGGAAGAAGAGACUCAAUAUUGCACUGGACGUUGCUCGUGGAAUGGAAUAUCUGCACAACCUGGGCCAUCACCGCUUCAUUCACAGGGAUCUCAAGUCAGCAAACAUUCUCCUUGGCGAUGAUUUCCGGGCAAAGGUAUCAGACUUUGGGCUAAUGAAAGACGCGCCGGAUGGGAACUCCUCUGUGGCGACCAGACUCGCUGGAACCUUUGGAUACUUGGCUCCUGAGUAUGCAGUGACAGGGAAAAUCUCAACAAAAUCAGAUGUCUUCAGCUUCGGGGUAGUUCUGAUGGAGCUGAUAACUGGGAUGACUGCUCUUGAUGACAGCCAUGUGGACGAGGAAAUCCGUCAUCUGGCGACCUGGUUCUGUCAGAUAAGGAAGGAUCAGGAGAAGCUCAGGGCGGCCAUUGAUCCUGCUCUGGAUCUCACGGAUGAGAUCUUGGAGAGCAUCUCAGUGGUUGCGGAGCUUGCUGUUCACUGCACUGCCAGGGAGCCCUCCCAGCGGCCGGGCAUGGGGCAUGCUGUGACCGUGCUCGUCCCAAUGGUUGAGAAGUGGAAGCCUGUGAACGACGAGGCUGAGGACUACCUGGGCAUCGACCUGCAUCUGCCGCUUCUCCAGAUGGUGAAGAGCUGGCAGGACGCAGAAGGCAGCAUGGCAGACGGGAGCAUCCUGAGCCUUGAAGACAGCAAGGGCAGCAUCCCUGCCCGGCCGGCCGGGUUUGCCGAGUCGUUCACCUCGGCCGACGGCCGGUGAAGAGGAAGCAUCUUCUUAUCUACGAAUAAGUACAUGUCUCUCCUGGGCCUCGCCUGUUUUCGCACAGUGUUCGUGUUCUUGUAGGUAAAGAGUAAAUGCAUCGUCCAUGUGCUUCUGCUUCUGCUUCUGCUUCUGUAGAUAGAUUAUCUUUCUUUCUGAUAGGAUUGCUUUUUCUGUUAUUCCAAUCUUGAGACUGAAGUCUCUGGCUUUUCCGCGUCAUCAAGACAUGUAAUGUUUCUGUAAUUUCCUGUACCCGGAUUUUUUAUUGUUAUUUUUUGCAAAUGGCA